GGCGUUUCCUUUCUUGCGUCUUGCCGAAAAGCAGGGAGUUGACUUGUGUCGUUAUAGGAAGUCAGAAAAUGGUGGUGUUGAUGAGAAAUCCGUUGUCCUCGGAGUUGCAAUUUGUGACGUUGCCGGUCGAAGCCUGGUCGGUUGGGGAUUUUCUCCGUUCCUGGUGCCAAGCGCAGGGGCUCCCUGAAGAUCACUUUUAUGUAAAGUGUAAUGGUCGAUGUAUUAAUUCUGAAGGUGUACUACAAGAUGGAGCUCUUUACAGUGUGGAACCAAGAUUAUGUGGUGGAAAAGGAGGUUUUGGAUCUAUGCUUCGAGCGCUUGGUGCUCAAAUUGAGAAAACGACAAACCGAGAGGCUUGCAGAGAUCUCAGUGGAAGGAGACUUCGAGAUGUUAACCAUGAAAAAGCGAUGGCCGAAUGGGUGAAGCAACAAGCUGAACGGGAAGCAGAUAAGGAACAAAGGCGUUUAGAAAGACUGAAGCGCAAAUUGGCUGAACCAAAGCAUUUUUUUACUAACCCAGAUUACCAGCAGCAGUGUCAUGAAAUGGCAGAGAGACUUGAAGAUUCUGUCCUGAAAGGUAUGCAAGCUUCUUCCAGCACAAUGGUUUCCCCCGAAAGCAGUGAGAGUCGAAAAUGGACCGCUGAUUCUGGAACAGGAACACCACCAGACAAGAAAAGGUGUUUAUGGUUAGGUGUAGAAGGGUUGGAUGAUCCCAACAGUUCAGAGAAUAAUAGCGAUGAAGAAGAUGAAUCUCCUGGGACUUCAGGAAGAUGUUCCACAUCAUCUGGCAGCCAAAUCAAUGUGAUUGACAAUUUAAAUGAGUUUCCCAGGAAUUCAGAGGACUCUGUAAAUUGCAGUUCAGGCUCUGACGAGAAGUCAGAAGAUCAAACGAAGAAUGCUAAAAACGAUCUACUAGAAGAUCCAACUUUCAGUAAAAUUGUAGCCAGUGAGAAACAUAAAACAGCACAGAUUCUGAAGGAAGAAAAGCAUACAAAUGCCUCAUGUAGUGAAAAAGCUGCAAGUCAGUGUCAACAUGCAGAUACUGCAAGAAUCAAUCUGAUGGAAUUCAGUUCUGUUGCGGAAGUGGAAGCCUUAGGACUAGACAAACUAAAGUUUGAGCUAUUGGCCUUGGGACUAAAAUGUGGAGGUACUUUACAGGAAAGAGCAGAACGACUUUUUUCAGUGAGAGGUUUGGCUAGAGAUCAGAUUGAUCCUGCUUUGUUUGCUAAGCCUUCCAAAGGGAAGAAAAAAUAAAAAUGGUGGCGUGGUUUGUUUUUUAUACUGCAAGUUUUACAAUAUUCUUCUCAUUCUGCUGCUUUGUAUAAUGUUAUCUUUCAAAAGCCAAUAUAGUGUAAAUUUGUAUACCCCUUAAUGCUUUAAGAAUAAUUUUUGUGAUGAUGGUAAAAGUACUUGUUGGUGGACAUCUAUUUUUUUAUAUUUGUUAGUGUUCAGUAAAAGACUAGUAUAUUUUAUAUUCAUGUUUAAGUGACAAACAGAACAAUAUGCAUUUGUGAAAAAAGUCAACAUAUUUUAUAAAGAACAUUUUUGCAAGGCUUAAACGUUAAUAAAUUGUAAUUGUAUUUGAUAAAAAUUAAAUACAAUAUUGUAAUACAGAUAAUCAGAAUCAAAUAUACAGACACUCUGUUGAAUGUAUUCCAAUCAGUAGUUAACUUUGUAACUGCUACAAGAAUUCAGAUGAACAAGAAAGAGUUACCGUUAUCAGUCUUGGCAAUUACCCAUUAGUAAUAACAUUCAGACUUUGGAAGCAAAUAUUGUUCAGGCCUUUUUAAACAGUCAAAACUGGAUAGCUAUUUUAAUAAAUUGGAAUUCUCUUUUGUCAAAUGUUCAUUAAAAUCUUAGUUUUGCUCAUAA